CUGUUGAAAAUGGCGUCAGGCUCGGAGGUGCCAGAAUAUUCGUCCCCAGCAAAACGACGAAAAGUUGACGGCAUCGGUUACAACGGCGUCAGUUGCGUGAAACCUGAUUUCCAGGAUUGUCAGACGUCGCAUGAUACCCCCAAUGAAGAUCUCGAAGGUAUUUUGAUAAAAAUAUGGUCGAUUCAUUAAUGAAAUUUGCAAGAUUGCAAGAUGGCGGUUAAGAAGGCGUCCGCUUUUCUUCCGUGGUUAUCGGUUCAUUCGUAGUUGACUGAAGACAAGAGCCGCCAUGACAGUUUCUAUGUAUGUCGCAUAUCUAACUUCGUAGUUCAUUUUUCAUUUUAUCCAGUAUAUUAUUGCGAUGUUACUAAAUUUUUAUUUUGUAAUCCAAUAAAAUUAUUUGUUAAUUAACUUGUUUCGAACUGCUCCCCCAACACAUUCUUUAUAGAAGUAAUCGUAAGUGAAAAUUCACUCGGUGAAAAUAGAAAAACUAGUAUCAGCGCGAUAUAAAGGUGUGUGCAUAGUAAGAUGUAUUCGACGAACGUUCACAGAUGGCAUGAUAGACGAUUUCAUUAUACACAAUCCAUGAACGAUAGAAACAUAUGGUGGAGAUAGUGGAUUCAAUGAAUUAAGCGAUGAGUCAAAAUCGGCAUCUAUUUCACCAGAUGCUACAAACUUAAUGACAACUCCAUCACGAAUUGACUCAACUAGUGACGACACUGGUUGUCCAAUUGACACAGCAGAUGAGAAGGAUGAAGUAUCAUCAACAGUUUCAAAUUUAUCUGAUUUAUCAGGACUCUCUGAUUUUUCUGGUGAAGGUGAUAUUAAUCAUCAAUGGAGAAAUGCAUCUUCGUGGGUUCAGAAGCAGAUGUUGAUAGGUGCCGAUCCUCGAGAUCUUUUACAUCAUCUUCUCAUGGAUUCUACACAAAUUCCAGAGCAGGUCGAUGACCUGACUCUUUGGAAGAUUAUAAUAAAUAUGAUGUCAGAACCACCACGUCGACAAAAAUUGAAACAUAUAAAUACUUUAACAGAUGUUGUUAGAUUGAUACGUAAUAGUAAUAGAAUAAUAGUUCUAACUGGAGCAGGAGUAAGCGUUAGUUGUGGAAUUCCUGAUUUUAGAAGUAGAGAUGGUAUUUACUCGAGAUUGGCACAAGAUUUUCCAGAUUUACCAGAUCCACAGGCAAUGUUUGACAUUAACUAUUUUGGUCAAGACCCAAGACCAUUUUACAAGUUUGCACGAGAAAUAUAUCCUGGACAAUUUAAACCUAGUCCUUGUCAUAGGUUCAUAAAAAUGCUUGACAAACAACAGAAACUUUUAAGAAAUUACUCGCAAAAUAUCGAUACGUUGGAGCAAGUGGCAGGCAUUGUAAAUGUUAUCGAAUGUCAUGGUUCUUUUGCUACUGCAUCGUGUACAAGGUGUAAAUAUCAAGUGAAAGCUGACGACAUUAGAGAAGACAUAUUUUCCCAGAGGAUACCAUUGUGUCCAAAAUGUCGAGUUAAUACUUUGCCUCCCAUUUCGGAAACUAAUCUUAACGAAAAUUAUAAAGAUUUAGUGACACAGGGUAUAAUGAAACCAGACAUUGUUUUCUUUGGCGAAGGACUUCCGGAUGCUUUUCACGAUGCGAUGGCCAAAGAUAAAGAUGAAUGUGAUCUUUUAAUUGUAAUCGGAUCGUCAUUGAAGGUCCGACCAGUAGCAUUAAUACCUUCCUCCAUUCCGUCUCAUGUUCCACAAAUUCUUAUUAAUCGUGAAUCGUUGCCACAUCUAAAGUUUGAUGUUGAACUCUUAGGAGAUGGCGACAUUAUUAUAAAUCAACUCUGCCACUUAAUGGAGAGUAGUUACAAAGAAGUAUGCUGGAACGAUACGAUCCUUAAAGAAGCAACGCAGCUUUUGCCGAUGCGUCACUUACCAGAUGACACUUGGGAGCAAAGCCAAGAUACUACGUCAAACACUGUAUUGUCUCGAGAUAGUAUGGAGACUGAUUUUAAAUUGCACGAUUCAUGUUCUAUUGAAAGUCAAGACAGUCUAAUGGUUCAUGAUAAUGUCGUAGAGCAAUACGUGGAAAAUAUGAAUGCGCGCGUUUCUCCCUUCUGCAAUGACCACACGAAUAGUAUGGAAGACAAGUUCAACCUUUUGGAGGAAAGUCCAAAGAGAAGAUUAGGCGAGUCAAGUGUGGAAAGUAGUCCAAAAAGAAUGAAUUUUGGCAGCAAUUGCAUGUUAGAUUUUAACUUGUGUUCCUCGAAGACAGAGAAUACUUCAGAGAGUUCGAUCGAUUAUAAAUUUCAUACUGUUUCUGUAGAAUCUACGUCAAAGGAUAUCGGGAAAAUUUACAGUUUAGAAGAGUGUCAAGUAUUUCCAAGGAUAAUAGAAAUCUCUUCGGAAAGUACAUUAUUAGAUUCUACCUUAAAGCCACAUCAUUGCAUCGAAAAUAGAGCAUCGUUAAAAAUUAAUAGCGAUUACUCUACGAUGGAUCCUAUUGAAAUUGAAAAAAUGAAUUUUAAACCGAGACAAGCUUCUAUCGAUUCUGCAUUAGACUCCGGUGUAGGUGAUAGUUGUAACAGUGUAGACAGUCGAGAAGAUAAAACUAACAAAGAAGAAUUAAAAAAUGGAAGAUUGGAUCGGCACUGUUGGCAUUCUAAAAUACGAAAAAGUCUUGCCGUGAGAUUACCAGAAAAUUCUUAUUAUCAGUUGGCACCUGGAAAGUAUAUAUUUCCUGGAGCAGAAGUGUAUUCAGAUCCUGAAGAGUAUGAUCAUCGUUCACUUUUCAUAAAUUCCGAAAGUUCAGAUAGCGAUAGUGAUUCUUCCUCCGUGGAAGAAGAAGAGGAGGAUGAAGGAGAGGAGGAGGAAGAAGAAGAUGAAGAAGAUGAGGAUGAGGGUAAAGAAGAACAAGUGGAUGAUGGUGAGGAUGAGGUGGGGGAAGUGGAGAAGCCAGAUUUAAAAAAAGAAGGCCACAAGGUAUUCGGGGCUAAUAAGAAGAAGGAUGAACAAAAAGAAAUAGUGAAAGAAUAUGGGAAAAGAGAAACAAACGAUAAAAGGGAGAUGAAUAAGGAAGGGGAAAAGGAAAAAAAUCAACGAAAAGCAAUGAAAAGGGAAGAUGAGAGGAGAAGCAUGAAUAAGUUUCAAAACGAGAAUAUUUUAGAAGACUAAAGAAAUGUAAGUUUGUUAUUACUUGAGAAUUAACACAGACCAGAGUGACAAAUUGGAAUUGGGAAAGAAAAAGAAUAUUAAUGCAGAAGCUGAUACUUAGCGUGACUGAAGAUAUAAAAUGAACAACAGCAAAUUACUCGUACAGUUAUGUACAUUACUUAGGGUAAAUUGUAUCUAAGCAGUAAUGUUUCAAUUCUUAUUAUCUUCAUCAAACUUCCUAGUCUGAUGAAGCAAACAAUAAAUAGUUGGAGAAAAGUGCAAUUUUUACCGCAUUACAUGUGUACAAGCAUAGUAAGUACACAUACAAAAAGAAAAAAGAACGGGGAUUUAUAAAUAAGACAUAUGUUUAUCUUUCAAUAAGAUCUGUUAGUAAUUUAGUACAGGCUGAUUCUCUCGUUAGUUAACUCGAUGAUAGUAACGCCAAUUAUACCGUAAAUCACAUACUUUUCUUUUCGUUUUUCAUGUAUACAUAUUUUUGCGCGCGCGUACACACAGAAAAGGGGAGGAAGAGCUAUUUCUGCCCUAGAUGCUGACAUAAGGUUGAUUCUGGCUUUUGAUAACAGAUGUAAGCCGACAUGGCGUUAUUACUGCGGUGGCAUUGCCUCUGUAUUAAUUAACGAAAGUAUCACCCUGUAAAGUAGUAUAACAGUUUCUUUAAGUAAACAGCGUUUUACUAUCAACUAGUCACAGGACAUUGGAAAAUACUGUGAUUCCUUGUUUUGUAUUUACAUCAAAAACGUAGCGCAAUGAUUUAAAUUCUUUUCCUUAUUAAGUAGUAAAUUUUUUUACAAACAUGUUUUUCAAUAUAAAAGGAUCAUCGAUAUUGAUGAUGCAACAAGAUCUUCAAAUAUCUUACAGUUUUGUGAUUUUGAAAAUAUCCAAACUAAAUAUUUUCAGUAAAUUUAAUAAUUUGCAAAUAAUUGAUGGUUAUGCUACAGUAAUUCGCAUUGUCACACACACGCACGCACACACGCGCGCACGCACACAUACACGAUAAAUCAUUGCGAUAAUUUUUGAAUAAGCAAUUAAAAAUUUGUAAAAAGCCUUUAGAAAAUGCAAAAGAAAGGUUGUGCAAAUAUAUCUGUAAAACAGAAGGACGAAAAAUUGCGGUUUUACUAAAUUGAUUAAGAAAGUAAAACUAUCCAUGACUCAUUCGCGAUAGAUACUAUACUCUCUUUAUAUAUAUUCUAAUAUUCUUUCAACAUUGUAUAUAAUAUUUGAUAUUAUUUCUCCUAUUUUCUUUUGUUUCUUUUGUUUUGUCGCAUACUAAUAUUACAAGUUUGGGAACCAAUAUGUAAAAAGAAUUUGAUUUGGGGAUAUAAUUCCUAAAUGUUUUAUGAAGACAAAAAAUAGAUAAUAGAUAUUCUGAAUAUUGUGCAAUUGUAGAAGGAUAAAGAAGAUCUAGAACGUAUUAUGCGGUCUAUUCUGGAGAAGGAAACAAUGCGUACAAUGAGUGUUGAAUGCGAUAAAACAAUGCACAUCAGUGUUUACUCAUUGAAAUAGAAAUACAGAAGGAUGUAGCUGUAAAGAAUGAAUUCUCUUCAAUUUGGAAUAUGUUACAAAUAUAUGCAUUGUUACAUGUGCAAAAUUAGUUUUCGUGAAAAGUAUUUAACCGGUCGUCUUAAGAGAAAGUUUAAUAACAGACAAUGAACAAUUCCUUCUCUUAGUAAAAAGGAAACAUAAGGGAAGAAGAUUCCAUGAUAAAUUAGUAUUUGCUUUAACAUUUGAACUAUUUCUACUUAUCACUAUUAUUUCGCUCUUACGAUUUAUAUUAUUAUAACAUGCUAUUAUCGUUAAACAUUUUGCUAUUGCAUCUACUGCGAAACUAUCAUUAGCAAUUAUUUAUGUUCUGUAAAUUAUUAUGUAAGUUAAGGAAAUCGAGAGAAUAUCGUGUGUUAGAUGUUCGAGAACUAUGUAUUUUUAAAUACUUUAUUUGAUAAUGUUUACGAAUAUACGAACAAAAAGUAUUAAUUAUGUCACAAGACUUGUAGAAAAGAGUACAUCGAUACGUUUGGAAUAACAUUGAAUGAAUGAAUAAUCGUAUGCGUGUGUACACGCGCUUGUAUGUAUGUGUUGUAUGUACAAUUAUAAAAAAAAUUUUCAAAAACUACAGGAAGGUGCUCUGUAUAUUGUAAAAUUUUAGCGUUGGAAAGUAAGAAGGAGAGAAAGAAAGAAAGAAAGGAAACUGGUUAAUGAUGAAGAUGAAUACAGUCUAGAAAUAGUUUUAAGUUUUAGCGAUAAGUUUCUGAUUAAAUCCGAAGGCAAAAUUAGUCCCAAUGAUGUCAUACUGAAUGUGUCUAGAUUUGUUAGGUUUUGAUUUUUUUUCAUUGGAGCACGGGCGAAUGUACAAAGCAAUGUUGGAUAGUUUUGGCAUUGCGUGUUAUUUUUAUAUGAAGAAAGAAAUCAGUGAAUGAAUAUGAACGAGAGAAAGAGAAUGAGCAAGAUAGAGAGAGAUGAUAGAAUAGUAACAGAAUUAAAAGAGAAAAAUAAUGAGAGAAGAAUAAUAUGCGACGAUAUCCGAGAAAUUGGAUGUAAUGAAUGUAAAUUACUUCUGUUAUAUGGAUCAUGUGAUUGUAGAAGCAUGCGUGUAUGUAUAGGCACAGUCGAUGCCCUCAUGAAAUGUAUCGUCGCCAUAUUUAUUAGGAAAGAACGAAAUAAUUAUAUGAAAAUUUAUUAUACUUACUAGAGAGCAAAAUAAUUGUUCAAAAAAGCGUUAUGCUUAAAGUCCAAGAUACACGUAUGUGCUUGUGUGGGUAGUUGCGCUCGCAUAUGCACAUACGUGUGUAUAUAAGUGUAUACAUACUAUAUGUAUACGAAUAUGUAAACGUGAAUAUGUGUGCGUGUAAAUGAGAGGGAGAGGGAGAAUGAGUGUAUGUCCGUCACGAGUAGGAAACAAAUGAGAUUACUACACCACCAAGGAUAAUUCAUGAUUUGUUAAAUACACUUUUAACAUGUUGCAUGAAGCUUUAUUUUUUAUUAGCGAGACAUAUAAGGGUGUAAUGGAGAAUUUGUUGGAACAUUGAACUUUGCUAAAACAUCUUGAAUAAUUCAAAUGAGAGAGUGUAGUCAGUUUUAUAAAAUUUAUAGGAUAUAUCUUCCGCUAUGUACAAAUAGCUUUAUUUAUCAUUGUUUUCUAAAUCGAUACGCAAGAAGUAUGAAUUAGGAAUUUUUUAAAGCCUCUACCAUUUGUCUUUAUUUAUUUAAAAUUCACAUAAAUAAAUAAAUAUAUAGUAGGUAGGUAAGUUGAUAAAGAGUAAAUAAAUACAUAACUAAAGAGGAUAUGAUUAGGUAGAUAAGUAGGUAGGUAUGUAGGCAAAUAUUUUAUAGAUAGGUACACAAGUAAAUAGAUAGGGUAGGUAAAAAGCAGGCAGACAGGCAGGUACAGAACAGAGACGUAUAAAUAAAGAAAAAGUAAGAUACAUAUACUAUAUGUAUACUGCACGCAGUAUGCAUACACUUUACGUGUACGCAAAAUAUGUUGAAUGCACAAACGGUGUAUAUAUGAAUGUACGUAUACACGUAAAAUAUGUAUAGAAAAUUAAUUUUAAUCGACACUACAAAUUUUCCAUAACUUUUUGAAAUUUGAUUCCUCUCUCUCUCUCUCUCUCUCUCUCUCUUUCUCUCUCUCUCUGUUAAUCGACUAGAAGCGUGAUUGCGCUGUAUUUCUCUCGAGUAAAUAAUGUUAAUAGUA